CCAGUCCUCAAUUCUUCAAUAUUUUCUGUUCAAUUAAGUCCCUCCCCUUCACGCACGGCCAUGCCUGACACUGCCUGCUCAUUCGCGGAGUGAAGAAAAAUGCUGGCGAAUCGAAAAAUCACAUGACCCGUCUCGAUUGCCUCAAGACAUUCCAUUCAUUUCCUGACGUGUUUCCUUUCAAUUCGUUCACGAAAAAGAUUGGUUCUACUGAACGAAACGAUCGCGGACGGAAGAACACGAUUUUGAAAAGCAAUGAGCUAGGCACCUUGCAUUUAAAGUACUUGAGAUCUACCCAGUGUGAAAAUCUUCAUACAAAGCACAGAAGACAGAAGGAUGGAAUGUUGUUUCCAUCAGCCUGUGGACUUGGACGAUAUUUGUGAAGUCAUCAAUUAUUUGCCUUCACCAUUACCAGUGAAACAUUAUGAUGCUGACACAACUGAACCAAUUAGCUGUAGUCUUCAAACUUUGGAUGAGCUCUUUUCAUGGAAAGCAACAGAGGCAAAGCCCUUUAAUGUGGCUGUAGUCCCCCUGGCAGCACGAGAACCUCCACUUUCAAGUGUUUUACAUCGCACUUUGGUGUCUCAUGACAUGAUGGGUGGUUACCUAGAUGACAGGUUUGUUCAGGGCACAGCCUCUGAAGCUCCUUAUGCAUUCUACCACUGGCAGUACAUUGAUAUUUUCAACUACUUCACACACAAUUUGGUGAGCAUUCCCCCUGCUGUCUGGACCAAUGCUGCACAUAAACAUGGAGUUCUUGUUCUUGGGACUUUCAUCACAGAAUGGACUGAUGGAAAAGCAACAUGUGAGGCCUUCCUUCAAGAAGAAGAGCGAUAUUGUGAAGUAGCAGAUAAGCUAGUUCAAAUGAGCUGUCAUUAUGGCUUUGAUGGCUGGCUUAUAAAUAUUGAGAACAGUCUCAGUGAAGUUGCAGUGAAGAAAACUCCUUUGUUUCUACGCUAUCUCACAAAUAAGAUGCAUGAACAAGUCCCUGGCAGCAUGGUCGUGUGGUAUGACAGUGUAAUUGAGACUGGAGAACUAAAAUGGCAGAAUGAAUUAAACCUAGCUAACAGGGUUUUUUUUGACGUGUGUGAUGGUUUCUUCACCAACUACAACUGGACAGCACAAAACCUCGAGCGAAUGACUGAUUACAAUCACACUAAUGGACGCGUGGUGGACAUAUAUGUGGGAGUGGAUGUUUUUGCCCGUGGCAAGGUGGUUGGAGGGAUGUUUGAAACACAUAAGGCACUGGAAAUCAUCCGAAAGUACAACUUUUCUGCUGCAAUCUUUGCUCCUGGUUGGGUCUACGAGACACAAAAUAAAACAGAGUUUCGUCAUAAUCAGGAUAAAUUCUGGGCUCUUCUGAAAGACAACCUGAACAUUCAUCAUCCAGUUAUGAGACUCCCCUUCGUUUCUUCCUUUUGUCAGGGCUUUGGCAAUGCUGUCUAUUGGAAAGGAAAGUGCGAAACAAAGAGGAAUUGGUUCAACCUCACUGCCCAGGAAAUCCAGCCAUGGUACUACCAUGAGCAACUGGAGGGUCAUGGCUGGGUAAGGAGCCGUGCUUGUUCGGAGGAUGCCUGGAAUGGGGGAUGUUCAUUGCUCCUCGAUGGUCACAUCCCAGCCACACAUACUUCUGUAGUCUGUGCUAAGCUCUUCUCUCUCCAUGUGCCUCUAUCAAAUACCCUGGUCAGUAUUGUCUACAAGUCAUCUUCUCAAGUCACAGUUUCGCUGGAGCUCAAAAUCACUGAUGCUGCAUUUAGGACAGACCAGCAUAACCAGGAUGUCAAAUUAACAAGUAUUUCUCCAACUGUACUCCAUGAAGAACAUGAGUUAAUCCGGCAGUUUCCUCAGCUAUAUGAAAAUAAGGAUAUUGGUUGGACUACCAGGUUUUCAAAGUUGGACCUGGAAGGAUGUAUUCUUAGAGAGGUUUGCGUUAACAUUCAUUUGAUCGGAGAGCCUUGUGACACAACCUUCAGCUGCCGGUUGGGAGAAAUAAUGUUCCUCGAUAUAGACAGUCUACACGAGGCCCCUGAGAUGGUUCAGGAUUUGUCUGUUUCUGACGUUGUGUGGUUGCGUGGUGCUGGUGCCUUUCCCCACUCCACUUCCUGCUGCUUGUAUCUCAAUGCAACACUACAAUGGCGGUACCCGAGAGAGCUUGUACGUCAUUUCAAGGUGUACUGGCGCCUGCUGAAAGGUACAAAUCCCAGACUGUCUGCAGGUGAGCUGGUUUUGGUCGGCCGGGCAUAUUCAAAACUUUAUAGGGUAACAGAACUAUCAGUGCUUGAGCCCCCAAGCCAGCUGGAAUUUCUGGUAGAGCCAGUAACUUGGAAAGGAUUCCAACUCCCAAUGAGCUAUUGGGGAAGAAGACGUAUCAGCUAUUUUGAGAGUGAUUGAAAAGUAAACAUUUUAGAAAUUAUGCUCCUUGCUUUUUCAGCUUUAGUACUUAAUGCAAUUUCAUGUAACCAGGAGAAAAAUUAUAAUCUGCAUACUUGAAUACUGUGGUAUUAUUUCUCAAUUUUAAAAAUAUAGAUUAGGAUUUACUCUUUGUUAAACUGGACUAUGAAUUGUAUAGUGCUGCUCACCAUCAUGGGCAACACUUAAUUUUUUGCAUGACCUUAAUAAUAACUUCAGAAUAAAAUGGAAAUGUACAAAACCUUCAGGCUCUUUUAAUUGUAGGUCAAAACUAAUUUUAAAAUGUUUUUUUUUCCAAUAUUAUUGUAGAUAUUGCGAUUUCCCAGGAAAAAAAAAGCAAAUCAGGACAUGGUGCAAUGUUUGCUCCCCUUGAUCUUUGGUUGCACAUCCUCAGUCUCCAAUCAUUUCUUGUAUCCAGCUAUAACUGUUUUUGACUUUUUAGGGAGUAUUUUCUACCACUCUUCCAUUACAUUUUUUUUUUCAACCUCUAGAACAUUUGGUGUUUUUUUUUCCCCCAAUGGCAGAUUUCAGAUCACCCCAAAGCUUUUCAAUUAGAUUGAGAUUUGGACUUUGCUGGCUAUUUUAAAAGUCUUCCAUUCCUGUGUGAUUUUGGAUGCGCAUUUUUGGUCUUUGUCUUGUUGGAGGAUAUGAUCUUUGGCUCAAAGCAAGUUUUGUACUAAAGUCUCCUGAAAUUUUUCUGAUUUCAUGAUACCUGUACAGUCAAGCCCUCCAGUACCAGAUGCAAAAAAAAAAAAAAUAAAUAAACAGCUCCACAGCAUGAUUGAUCCUCCACCCUGCUUGACUGUUUGCAGGAUGUUCUUUUCCUUUGUUUCAUUGCAAUAUUUAUAUUAUAAAUACAAUAUUUCCAUCACCUUUUGUCAAUAAACAGUUCAUCUUAUUUCUU